AUGCCUGGAGCCCUGGGCAGUGGAGGCAGCAGCGGGCAUGAACUGGGGGGUAAGGAUUAAAGAAGGGUGCACUGCACAGUGCACACACUCGCAAACAGACCACAAAGGUAUGUUGACACAGGAAGAUUCCAAUUAUUAUUAUCAAUGCAUUCUCUGAGACGAUAGUUCCUUCACCACUCAGCCUCUCCUUUGUGCAUGAUGUGUUUAUCCGUUCGGGAACAUUUUGCAUUCUUCCUCCUGUCCUAGGCAAGGGUGGACUGCAGAGUCUCCUCGGUAACAUGAGUCACAACCAGCUCAUGCAGCUCAUUGGACCAACUGGACUGGGAGGUCUUGGUAAGUGGCUGUUGUUUAGUGUACUGUCUGUACUGGCUGCACAGUCUUUAUUUACCCCUCGUAGCAAUGUGCUUAAAACAGCUGGAUUGACUGAGAAUGUGUUCUGGGCUGGAGUGCCUGACUUGAUUGGGUUCAGUCAUUAAUUGCAAGUCUAUCAUAACAGGAUUGUUUGGGAGACAAAUUAAUCUGCUCCCUAUUUCUGUCAUGUGUCUGAAUGUGUCCACCAGUCUUUCUGAAUGUGUCUGUCUGUCCGUCUUCUGUCUGUAGGAGGUCUUGGGGCUCUGGCUGGGCCGGGCCUGGCCAGCCUGCUAAGUAGUGAAGGUCCUGCAGCCGGCAACUCCUCUUCAAGGUACCACAAGCCAACAGACUUACUUCACUGCUAAAUUAAUGAAUUUAGUACAUUUAUACACUUGUCUCUCUUCAGCUCAGACUACACACUCACUAGCCAACUUUUACAGAUCGCUUAUUCUACAUUUAUUACAACCCCUGUGAAUUUAGUUAGUCUCUCUGUCUCUCUCCCGCUCAGUCCAUCUCAGUCUCCUGUAGUCACCCCCACCUCCACUGCCACCCGGCUGGGCUCCUCCCAGGUGCCAACCACACCCAUCACCCCGUCUGCCACCAGUGCAGUUUCACCCAUGGCUUCAUCCGCCACCCCUGUUGCUCCCUCCCUCGCAGCCGGGGCAGCCAGCCCCACCCAGCCAAUCCAGCUGAGUGACCUGCAGAGUAUCCUAGCAACCAUGAAUGUACAAAACAUAUAAAUUAGAGAGCAGCUCACAACCCAACUCAACAGUUUAGAACAGUGGACAGAGCAAUAAGGAGUCUCUUGAAGAUGAUAAGGGACGUUAAUCAGGCUGUUACCAGUUAAAUAAAAAGCCUUGCAGCAGUAGAUCCAUGACUGUGAAUUUGAAAAUGACCCUCUGUAUUUGUAGCUGUCUGAUAUGUUUGAAAUAUGAAUGACUGUGUUUGUUCUCUCUACAGUGGACCUGGCCAGUGUUGUGACCCCUGAGAUCAUGGCUCCUAUCCUGGCCAAUGCUGAGGUCCAGAAGAGAUUGCUACCCUGCCGUCAGGAGAGUCCCUGCCUCAGAGCACCGACGAGCUCCACAACACACUCACCUCCCCACAGUUUCAGCAGGUAUAACACACACACACACACACUGCUCUGAGUAUGUGUUUAGCAGUGCUCUUCCUUUCUCUGUAGAGUACACUAGAGUAGCAGUGUUAACACUAUUACUAUUUGUAUGAUAAAGUGAUCUUGGUCUUUUUUAGCUACCGCUUGAGUGCUACCUUUCGUAUACUAUUGUAUGAGUACAGUAUGUAUGAUGUAAAGCAGUGAUUAUUCUCUUUGUAGGCCAUGAGUCUGUUCAGUAGUGCCCUGGCUUCAGGGCAGCUGGGGCCUCUAAUGAACCAGUUUGGGCUGCCAACAGAAGCUGUGGAUGCAGCUAACAAAGGAGGUCAGUGUCCUGCGUACAAAACAUGAACUCAGGGACUUUGUUUGUAUGCAUGUUGUUCCAUUGUUUAGAGAGAACAGAUAACAUGCAGUCUCCUGCCUGUGCAUAUAUUCCUACAUAAUGUUGACAUAACAUUAGUGUCUACCAUUUUGAAUAAGAUUUCCAUAAGAGGUUAUGCCCUGCUGUUUUCAUGUGUGAAAUUCUAAUUGAGCUUUCCUCUAUUCCAGACGUUGAGGCUUUUGCUAAAGCCAUGGAGACAGACAGCAAGUCUGAGAAUGAUGACGAAGAUAUGAGUUUGGAUUAG